UAAUCUAUCUAAGCCUUCUGCAGAAUUACAGCAUUAUGAGGUUUAGUAAUCUUUGUCCGACAGUUCCACUGAUUAUUCCAUUUGUUCUCUGCGUUGUUUGCACUAAAGAUGACGUCAUAAGAGGAACAUACCAUGCUUGGUGGGUAAUUCUCCCUAUUCCUAACAGCGCUGUCCGCAGCAUGAUAGAAUACAGUAACAUUCUACACGACAUUGAGUUGAUGACGCCACCAUGGAGAACAUGGCCUGAAGACAAACAUCCAGUUCUGAUGGAAAUAGGCCGCGAAUUAGAUUGUGGACUCGUUUUCCCUCCCUGGCUACGAAGUGACUUUUUGGAGUACAAGUUUGAUAUUCCGUUCGUUCGUCGACAGACAGGCGGUGACCCUCUCAACUAUAAACUCGUGUUAUACGAAGACAGCGAAAUCAACAGUAUUUCCUCGGGUGUGGCCUACAAGUUAAAUGCAACCAAAGCAACAAUGGCGAUGACAAAUAACUCGUACACAAUAUCCAAAAAUGGGGCGAAGUUUUCCUCGCAGUUUUCCUCAAAUAAAACAUGGUUUACUACUUCUGCAAUGCCAGAAUUUCAGAUUUACAGAGACAUUGCAGACCUUACAUGGUUUGGUGGAAGAGGGCUGGAGACAUGUGCACAGCAUCAUUAUGAUUUUAGCUCUGCCCGGAUACGUCCAGCAGCUGUGCUAAGCAUGACAUUUAACCCCUCUCUACUGAACAACUACUUCCCUGACUUCCAUCUCCGUACAAACCCACUAUCAGGAGUAGAUCUCUUUGGUAGCAUUGAGAUUUUAGCCAACUUCACUAUGUCUCUACCACAUUCAUGUAGCUAAUCGCAAAUCUCUUUUUAAAUAUAUACAU